CACAAAGGAUAUGAUCUUCUUGAUGCUUCGAUUUGACAACCGCAGCGUAAAACAGAUCACUGCAACACAUAUCGUUGUGAUCUCUACACCGUAGAACAGGCCAUAGUUUGGUGCCAUGGUGACGGUUGUGACAGCGGGUGGUUUCACAGACCCGCCAGUCCGUCCACAGCGAAGCUGUUUGGGUCAAGAAACCAGUUGAGAAGAGUGGAAAUAGUCCCCGACAGUUGUCGUACGGACUGUUGAUCAAGUACCGGUUCGACACCCCAGCUUGCUGCUCACCGUGAAUCGCAAACACAUCAUCCGUGCGCCCAAACUGCCGGCUUUACUUCGCUGCGAUAUGACGAUCAACUUGGGUGCAAUUGUUUGCUUAUGCACGAGCUCUCGUCCAGACUUCCAUAAGACCUUCCUCGACCUGUCUCUUCCGUCCUUCGUCAAACUCUUUCGUGCAAUCUCCUCUUCACCAGGACCUCACGCCAUCUUUCGCACACGUUACCGACGCGACUUACCCGCCAGAGGUCCACUGAAGGACCGAUCGUCUCUUCCCCCGACAUUACCAAAUCCUGAAGGAUUCAUGCUAAGUGAAAACCCAGACAUGGUAAAUUCCGACCCAAUGGAAGGUGCAGCAGUCACGGAGACAUGCCGGCAAUUGAGGUGCGAGGAACGAGCCCCGAUGGAUCAGAAGGCGCGGUCCGACUGCAUGGAUCCUGAGAGCCGCCAUGCGCAGGAACAGCCUCACCUGGGCAUCCCGCGCGCGCUGUUCUGUUUCUCGGGUGGACCUGAUCCCAUGCGUUUCAUGUUGAUGCGUGACAUGAGCGAGCAUAAGAUGUCGCGAUGCGUUGUGUGCUGUCACUUAUCUUAUCGGAUCUCCUCGCGGUUGUGCAGGUCAGCCGGACGUAUGCACCAACCUCUCCCACCAUGCAGUGAAUGUAGCCUUCCCUGCAGCUGAACUGUCAGCCUCUCACAAAAGAUAAUAAAGGUGCAGUUUGUGCUGCCAAAGAUAGAGCACCGUUGCAUUUGCCUCUCGUAAAUUAGACUGUGGAUCCUUGACUAACGAAAAACAACAGCCGCAAGCGUCCUUGUGGCGUCGUGCACGGCGCACUGCGAUGCACCGCCAACCGGAGUCUGGCACCACAGCGUCAUCUUCCUUCGU